CUCACCCAUCUCGAUCUACAAUAUGCUGCAAUAAUGUUAGCAAUGGAUUGCAAGGUUUCCAUGCCUUCAUCCUCCCCUACCAAGUGGUGGUCGAAGGAAACGGUGGCGGUCGUCACCGGAGCGAACAAAGGGAUCGGUUUUGCACUCGUCAAAAGGCUCGCCGAGCUUGGGCUUACGGUAGUCCUCACUUCAAGAGAUGUUACUAGAGGGAAGGCGGCCAUUGAGUCCCUCAGAGCUCAAGGACUUGAUAUUGAGUUCUGCCGGUUAGAUGUGGGUGACUCUUCCUCGAUCAUAGCCUUCGCAUCUUGGCUGCAGCAAAGAUUCGGAGGAUUGGACAUUCUUGUUAACAAUGCUGGUGUGUCCUUCAAUGAGAUUGAUAGCAACUCAGUUGAACAUGCCGAAACCGUGAUUCGAACCAACUUCUAUGGACCCAAGCUGCUGAUCGAAGCACUCCUGCCCUUGUUUCGACGGUCUUCUGCCAGGAGCCGGAUCCUGAACAUUAGCUCGCAACUCGGCCUUCUAAAUAAGGUGAGAAACCCUGCUUUAAAGGAGCUACUUCGAGACGAGGAUAAGUUAUCCGAGGAGAAGAUCGAGCACAUGGUGUCACAAUUUCUGGACCACGUAAAGAAAGGAACAUGGCAAGAGCAUGGCUGGCCAAAGGUGUGGACCGACUAUGCUGUCUCCAAGCUUGCACUGAACGCCUACUCCAGGUUGUUAGCUAAGAAACAAGAGGGUCAUGGCUUGAGUGUGAAUUGCUUCUGCCCGGGCUUCACGAGAACUGCAAUGACUCGUGGCCGGGGAAGCCGGACGCCGGAGGAGGCAGCCGAUGCUGCGGCCAGGCUAGCUUUGCUACCUCCU